AUGGCCACUACCCGUGUCCUCAAUACCCCUGAGCUCCUUUCCCUCAUUGGCCAUGCCUGCUGCCUGCCCUGGCAGUACUACAACAGAGAUGAGGUCCAUGGUGACUCUGACCUGCAUGAGGUCCUUGCCUUGCGCACGGUGUCCAGGGACUUCUACCACCACUUCUCCCGCCCCUUUCCCCGCACUGCACUGAGCAUCUGCACGGCCCAUCAACUCCAUACCCUCUUCUUGGAUGUCAUAGCAUUUGAAGAGCACGGAUGUCAAUGUGCGCUCAGCAGUGGUGAUCCACGGCAUGUCCACAUCAACUUUCUCAACCUCUAUCUUCUCGAGGUCAACUUGCACAAUGAGACUGACAAUGGCCCUCUGCUCUGGGAAAUUGCUCAACAUGCCACCCCAUACAUGACAAACUGGACAGAGCUCAACAUUGUCACCAGCAACAACUCGUCCACAAUAGUGCUGAGUCGUGCCGGACACUGGUGGAGACCCUCCCUCUGCCACAUCCAAACCCUGCGGCUCAAGGAUGAGUGCAACUAUGGGGUGGGCCAGUUUGGUGUCUCUCAUCUGUUUGGGCCAUCACCUUGGGACUCCUUGCCAUGGCUCCUAUAUGGUCUCACCCCCUUCCACAACCUUCGCACACUCCUCAUCGACACUCCGGCUUUCCCAUACCCUGUCCCCCUUGACAUCGACCUUGAUACCUUUGCCAAUGCAGCCAACUUGGGUGCAUUCUUGCAGGCCUACAACUUCACCCCCCAUGACCUCACACUCUACACACAACUUCUUCCCAUUCUUCCACAUCUCUGA